AUGGAGGCCGGGCCGCCAGGCUGUCACCAGACCACAAGCCGCAACGCCGUGCUGAUCAUGAAGGAUCGCACCAAGCUGUUUUCGGAAAUGAUAGAGAAGGCCUCCCGAAAGCAAGCUGGAGUGGUCAACAUGCACGACCACGUGCUUCGUCUGGCGAUGGACGUAGCCAUGGGCGUAUUCCACGGCUCCGUGACUGAAGUACAGCGGGGGGACGAGGCUGCCUGCAAACUGUUGCUCAAGUGCCGGCAGUGUACUGGAAUGUUCGGGGAAAGCAAGAUGGUGCUCAUCAAUUCCAUUUCAGAGCUACCAUUCCUCUUCAAGCCGCUGCUCAAGUACGGCCUUUCUCGGGGCGUUCCCAUGGACACCGUGCUUGCUUACUUCGGGCCAUUCUUCGAAAAGCGGAGGCAAAUGGAUGGAGCAAAAAAGGCAGAUCUACUCCAGACACUCUUGAACGCUGAAUCUGAAGAGAGCCCACGGAUAAAUUUUCAGCCGGACAACAACAACAACUAUGAGUAUGGCUUUCACAGGCUGCAGCAAUCGCCGGCCCUUAUGGAGCUUGGCUCACAACGGUAA